AUGUCCUUGGUCAUCAUCCUUCACGCGACAGCGACAGUCAUUGUUUUGGCCCUUAGUAGCUCUGCUAUCUGGAAGGCCUUCCGGUGGACUCGCGGUGAUGUCCACAUAUAUGAUCCACUCCCGGACACCAGCCAUCAAGACGAGGAUGGAGGUGCCAGUGCUGAUUUUCAAGAAACAUCGGCCACUAGCCAACGAGUGGUGACAUUUACGGCAUCGGCCUAUACCACCCUGGCAAUUCUGAAACCAGUGACUUUAUUUGCAACUUUCAAAUCUUCCCCAUUCUCAGGAGUGCUAGCUGUGAUCAACGGAAUAAGCCUGCUGGCUCAUGGGCUCUCACUGCGCCAUGAUACUGAUCUUACCUGCCGCUAUCAAAAUGGCGUCAGAGGAGCUUGGGCUUGGAUCAUGACAGGCAUCUCAUGUUUUGCGGACAUUUAUGGGGACUUAACUGAUGGGCGUACUUCGGGCGCGAAUUGCAUCCUCGCAUUGUCCUCGAUAUUGAUGAUAUCGCUUGGAAUCGGAGGAAACCUCUCUUUCCCACAGCGGCCCAGAGUGUUUCGAAACUCGCAUCCUGUGGAUGAUCAGUACUCUACGAGCAUUCUGGGGCAAAUCACAUUCUCCUGGGCUACAUAUGUGAUACAGUCCGUCAAAGCCAAAGGGAAGUAUCUCAUUGUUGAUGACAUCCCCGAAAUGGGAGAUCAUGCACGUGCUGAAACACUGCGAGAAUCUUUCAGAGAAGCUCGCUCUGAAGGCGUCCCUCUUUGGAAAACAAUCCUUCGCGUCCAUCGCGGCGUAUUCGUACGACAAAUGGCCUUGACCGUCGCUGUAUGCUUCCUAAGCAUUGUACCAUCGCUAGCAUUGUUUCAAAUUCUUCGCACACUGGAGACGCCAGCGGAGAGUGCCCAAAAUAGCUGGCUGUGGUUAAAUGUUGCGCUCCUGGCAGCAGGAGUAUUGCUCUCCUGCACUUUAGACACCUGGAAAUUUUGGUUUUCAUACAAUUGUCUCUCCCUCAGAACGUUCGAGCAACUUUCCAUUGCGGUGUUUGAAAAGAGCAUGCGUUUACCUACUGCUUGCAUCUUUUCUGAUCCUGGAUCUGAUCCGCAAGACACUGGCGAUGGCAUGAAUCUUCUGGCAGUAGAUGCCAAGUAUGUCGCUGACUCCCUUUGCUUAAUUUAUGUGAUGUACAAAGCUCCGCUGCAGCUUAUCAUCUCCGGUGGCUAUCUGGCGCAUCUGCUCGGAUGGCAGAGUCUUGUGGCAGGUAUUUUGGUGUUGGUCUCCAUGACCCCAGUCAACAUUUACGCAGCUCGGAAAUACAGCCUGGCACAGCAACUGCUAAUGUCCACCCGGGACCGCAAAAUCAAGGUCCUCACAGAGGUGAUGCACCUCAUCCGACAGAUCAAAUUUUCAGCCCAGGAGAGUCGAUGGGAGGCAAUAAUUGAGAAAAGGAGACAAGAGGAGUUGCGUGCUCAAUGGACAACUUUUCUUUGGAGCAUCGCACAGGUAGCUGUUUAUCUGGCAACGCCUGUGGUCCUGUCGGUUGUCUGUCUCGGAACCCAUGCCCUCAUCUAUAAGUCGUUGUCUGCCCCGGUUGCAUUCUCAGCCAUCGCAGUCCUCAGUUCUAUCGAAAUCGUGAUGUAUGCUUUGCCUGAAUGUGUGGCUCGAACCGCCACUGGUUUGAACAGCCUGAAACGCAUUGAACAGCACUUGGAUGCAAGCGAGAGCAACUAUCGAUUGGAAUCGGAUAUGGCCGUCGAGUUCUUUGAUGCUACCAUAGGAUGGAAUAGUGCCUCUUCAGAAAACCCGGUCCGGUCAAUACUCCAUUCCAUAAACUUAAGUUUCCCUCCAUCAAAGCUCAGCCUGGUGACUGGAGCUACUGGAUCAGGAAAGAGCCUUCUUCUUGCGUCUAUUCUCGGGGAGUCAACAUUAAUUUCAGGGUCUAUACGAGGUCCUAGAAAUGGAAAAUAUGCUUAUGUUGCCCAGGUUCCCUGGUUGGCGAAUGCCUCGAUCAAGGAAAACAUUUUGUUCGGCAACUCACUUGACACCAUCAGAUACAACGAGGUCAUUUCUUCCUGUGCCCUUCAGCAAGACCUCUUGUUAUUCCCGGAUGGAGACUCUACAGAGGUUGGACCAAGCGGUGUUAACCUGAGCGGUGGGCAAAAAUGGCGUCUUUCACUGGCGCGCGCUCUAUAUUCCCCAGCCGACACUCUGGUUAUGGACGACAUAUUCAGUGCAGUGGAUGUACACACUGCUAGUCAUCUAUUCACAUACGCCUUGACAGGAUCCCUCGCCAAAGACCGGACAAGAAUAUUGGUUACACAUCAUGUGUCCCUCUGCCUAUCGCAUACCGAAUAUAUUGUCUCCCUGGAACAAGGGUCAGUACAGUAUGCAGGUCCCGUUUUAAAUCGCCACAUACCAGUCACGGACGUUGGUGAGCAAAACGAAGCUGGCUUAUCAAGCGCGAAUGGUCCUGUUCCCGAUGAACCUCAAAACCUUGUUAACGACGAUUCCAACGCUCAUCGGCCGAACAACUCACCCUCCCAAUUCGUGGAAGAGGAGAAAAGAGAAGAGGGAACAUUGCAAUGGCGGGUUUGGAAGGCUUACCUGGCAGCAGGUGGCGGAAUGAUUGCUUGGGUCUGGGUAAUGGCCACUUUUGGUGGAUACAGUAUGGUGCUGACUGCCCGUGCUUGGUGGCUUCAUAUUUGGAGCGACGAAGAGGGAAAGUUCCCUUGCAAUGCUACAGGGUCGACCGACUGUGUCGAUGACCAUUUGCUCUUCUACCUAGCAGUAUACAUCGGUCUCGGUGCUGUUGUCUGUGUUAUUGGCACGGUCCGCAGCUACUUUGCUCUCAAGGUUGCUUUGAAGUCGGCAAAGAACUUGUUUCGUGACUUGCUGCAUACAAUUCUUCAUACCCCCCUUCGCUGGAUAGAUACGGUACCACCUGGCCGUAUCAUGAGUCGCUUGAUUGUCGACAUCCUGGUGGUGGACUCUCAGCUAGGAGAUGACAUUCAGUCAGUUCUUGCCAACGCCUUCGACAUGAUCCUCGCUAUAGCAGCCGGCAGUAUUGUGAGUCCUUGGCUCAUGGUACCUGCUGCGUUCCUAUGCACUGUCUGCGUAACCUAUGGUCGGAUUUAUCUCAAUGCCGCUAGAGAGAUCCGAAGAUUGGAGAGCGUCCUGAAAAGCUCUGUAUUUGAGCAUGUGCGGGCAACACUCUCUGGGCUCUGGACAAUACGCGCCGAAAAUAAGACUGCGACGUACGUCAAAAAGGUGACGGAGCAAGUUGAUAGAUAUGCUCGUGCGUACUGGCAGCUUUGGUUAUUGAACUGCUGGCUUGCAUUCCGCAUGGAUGUCUUGGGUGCUAUUUUCGCUCUUGUUGCCAGUGUCUUGGUUGUGUCCUCGCCUUCUGUUAACGCCGCACUUGCUGGAUUUGCUAUCAGUUUUGCCCUCAAGAUGGCCUCAUCUAUGUCGCUUACUGUGCGCAGAUAUGCCGGUCUUGAACUGAGCAUGAACAGCGUAGAGCGCAUUUUGGAGUACACCGAGCUCGAGACAGAGCCAAUCCACAGCGGAGAUCACAUCCCUCCUGUCUGGCCCAGCAGCGGGUGCGUUGACGUGUCAAAUCUCACAGUGAGCUACUCUCCAAAUCUCCCACCCGCUCUACAUGGUAUUACCUUCCGUGUGGGCCCGGCCGAGCGGGUAGGUGUAGUUGGUCGAACGGGGUCGGGGAAGUCAUCUCUCAUUCUCGCCCUGUUCCGUUUUCUCGAAGCAAGCAAAGGGAGCAUCGUGAUUGAUGGGCUCGACAUCUCCAUGCUGAAACUGCAGCAAAUGCGCGAGAGAUUGGCGAUCGUCCCACAGGAUCCAGCCGUUUUCUCAGGCACAGUCCGUACAAACCUUGACCCCUUCAACCAGCAUUCCGAUGAUGAAUUACUAGCAGCGUUGCGGGGUGUGGAGUGGGAUGACGAUUUGGUUUCCACAAACAGCAACCCAGUCAAGGAUGAUUCAUUUGAACCGGAUGAUGGACCUGAAAGCUUCAAGAACGAAGACGAGUCAUCUAUCCCUUUGAUGACUAUUGAAGACACAACCGCCACACAGAGCCCGACUAGCCCUGGUCGCCUACUCGACUAUCCCAUUGCAGCGGAUGGUCAAAACCUUUCACAGGGCCGCCGACAACUCCUAUGUCUAGCCCGAGCCAUCGUGCGGCGACCGAAGCUUCUAGUCCUUGACGAGGCUACAUCAGGGAUUGACGAGUUGAUUGAUCAAAAGGUCCAAUCAUCCAUUCGCCAAAUCUCCAAACUGAACUCCAUGAGUCUCUUGGUGGUUGCUCAUCGACUCAGCACUAUAGUCGACUUUGAUCGUAUACUUGUUUUGGAUGGUGGGCGUGUUGCAGAAUUCGGGGACCCUCAGGAGCUCAUGCAGCGCCCCAAUGGAGUCUUCCGAGCCAUGAUGAUGGAAAGUAAUGGAGAACACUCGAAAGCUGCAGAGUGA